UGUUUCAUUUCUUACAAAUGUCAGUCUCAGAUACCAAAUAAAUAAUGAAGCGUGAAGGAUGUGCUUUCUUCCGGAAUCCUGCUGAUGGCUUUCAUCAGUGACUCUGUGGAGAGGUGAUUACUCAGAAUUGGAGUGCACUAAAGAAAUGAUCACCUUGUUUCGUUCUCAGGUGGUCUCAAGAACCAUCCUACAGCUCUUUUUUCAUUGUCUUCUUCGUGGAUUUCACAACCCGGUUCUGGCUGAUAUCCCCGAAAAGCACUGCCCCGACAACAGUUCAAAUGCCACAAACAGUGCAUAUCGGGGCAACCUCCAGGAGCUCACUUCUUGGAUGAUCAAGAACGCUUCUUCCUCCAAGUUCUUCGAGGACUCGUCUGGGAACUCCCCAAAUAAAGUUUAUGGUCAAUACAUGUGCUUCAACUAUGUCCCCAAUUCAACAUGCCAAAGUUGCAUAGUCAAGGGAUCAGAAGACAUCCUGGAGCUUUGUCCAAACAAGAUGGAAGCCGUCGUUUGGGAGGAUUCUUGCCAGUUGCGUAUAUCCGACCAAAAAUUUUUCGGCCGUCUGUUUGAAAUAUACAAACAUCAGUUCAAUCCGAAAAAUAUAUCUGACCCUGGCAAGUUCGGGUCAGUGGUAGAUGAAACUUUAAGUUUUCUUGCCCGGAAAGCAGUUCUUGAGUCUCCAGGGACUUACUAUGCUACUAAGGAAAAGGAAUUUGAAUUGGGCACAAACCAGACUUUAUAUGCUCUUGUUCAGUGCACUCAGAACUUAACAGCAGAUGAUUGUCGCAAGUGCCUCCAAGAAGCAACAAGACAUGUGAAAGAUUGCUGCUAUUUUUCGCUCGGAGCAAGAGUUCUAAGUCCGAGUUGCUACUUGCGAUAUGAGUUAUAUGAUUUCUAUGGAACAAACGAGCCGGUGAAGAAGUCUGGGAAAAAGUGGCUGAUCAAAGUUCUCACAAUUUCAUUGCUCUGCUUGGCGGCAAUCAGUUUGUGCUCCUGGAUUUUCUUCAUCGUCAUCAAAAGGAAGAAAGACCUCGCAGAUAAACAGGAUCAACCUCUGGUUACUGGUGAUUCUGCUCAUGGUAUUCUUCUAUUGCGAUACAUCCCAGGAAAUACUCUGACUGAAAUUCAAGAUCAUCCAUAUUUUGAUAUGAGAUGCAUACUUGCGGCUACUGACAACUUCUCAGAUACACUAAAACUAGGACAAGGUGGAUUCGGUCCAGUUUACAAGGGUAUUUUAUGGGAUGGGAGAGAAGUUGCGGUGAAGAGGCUAGAGAGCUGGUCAGAGAAGGGUUCCGAAGAAUUCAGAAACGAAGUCCUACUCAUAAUGAAACUUCAACAUAAGAACCUUGUCAGGCUUCUUGGAUUUUGCGCAGAACGAGAGGAGAAGUUGCUUGUCUAUGAGUAUAUGCCAAAUAGAAGUCUUGAUGUCUUUCUCUUCGACGCACAGAGAAGGAUCGACCUGAGUUGGAGCAGACGUCUGAACAUAAUCAUCGGCAUCGCUCGAGGUCUGCUAUAUCUUCAUGAGGAUUCUCGUCAAAGAAUCAUCCACAGAGACCUCAAAGCAAGCAAUGUAUUAUUGGAUUGCGACAUGAACCCAAAAAUCUCUGACUUUGGACUGGCAAGGAUCUUUGCAGGAACAGAAAAUGAAGCAAAUACUGCUACACUAGUUGGAACCUAUGGUUACAUGGCGCCGGAGUAUGCAAUGGAGGGGUUAUAUUCCAUAAAAUUGGAUGUCUACAGCUUUGGAGUUCUCCUGCUGAGAUAA